GUGCUCCAACUCGUCAGGUCGGUCUGCUGCUAUCAAUCGGCGUGUGAAGCGAAAUUUCGUGUAUUAAAUUCCGCGUUUUCUAUGCCUAGCACCCCCAUAACAGUUAAUUGCCUGUUGUUUGUUGUUGUUAACUUUUGUCAAAACAGACGUUUGUUUUUAAUCAGUGCGCGUUUUUAUGUCUGGUGCUAGUAAAAGUGCCGCAAAAAGUUUUAAUAACAAGAGUUUUUGGCUCGCAGUGUUUUAUAAACUGUAAUUAAAUAAUGCGCCUUCGACUGGUGCAAAGCAAAGGCAAACGGCAAAACUAAUUUAUGGCAUUAAAAAUGCAUAUUUUCUAGCAGUUGCCAGUUUUUAUCAUUUGCCAACUGCUAAAGGAGCUCGCUCGCAGUCGCCGUAAUAGCAGCAGCCGCUUUUCAGUUGCGGCGCCCCAAAAGUGUGCAGCACAUUCACUGCCUGCCACACUGCCACAUUUGCCUCAGUGCAACUGCAACUCAGCGAGCGCCAUCGCCAGCGCCAGUGCGUGUGUGUUUCUGAGUUUCUUUAGUUUUUUUUUCUACUUUUCGCGUUCGCGUUCGGCUCUAGUUUUUAUUUUUUCUUGCGCGAGCUAUGUGAGCAGCUCAUGCAGCUUAAAUUGGAUUUGGCUGGCACAAAGCAACGUUAAAGCAACUCAGCCUGAAAUUUUUUACUUAAGCCAGGCCCGCCCCGCCCCGCCACCCACGUACAGUCGCUUUCUUUUGGAAGCACGCGUAUCCUGCCACACACUUGUGCGCCCACUGCUCAUCAUCAAACGUCCAGGACUGGGAGACUGGGAAGCAAGCAGCACAACAGGACUCAAGCAGCAGCCAGACUCAGCAGCAAUAACGCAUGAUAAUUUACUGCUCUGGCCCUGGACUGGCAACGAAAUGGCUUUCCUAUGUAUAAAUCUUGCCACACGCACAAUGAAAUGGCGACCAAUGGUGAUAUGUCGAUGAUCUCGCCGCCAACUUCUUCCAUUUCAAACGAUCAAGAUCCGUUUGGACAGCUGCCACCGCUACCACCGCCGUUGCGUUCCACCCAAGUGCUUCAGCCAUUGAGCGUAUUUCCAGUGUCCAAUUUGAGUGAAGAUUCGUACGAUUAUGUUUUUGGUGGUCGACACAAGACUCCGCCCACAUCAACGUCAACACAACUCAAGCUGACCUCGCCGCCCGUGAGACUGCGACCCGAAGACGCCUAUCGAGGUGAGAACACAAACAACGGCCGUUUCUAUCGUCAUUCCUUUAGCUAUGCCCCGAAGCGUCAGCGCCAUGCGAGUCGUGACGAUCGUGAUCGCGAGUCAAGAUUAAGAUGUCAUGGAGAGGAUGAGGCAACGUUGCGCCAACUGCUGCUCGAUUUGCAAAAGCAAGUUAGCGUGAUGAGCAUGAAUCUAUCAGCGAAACUCGAUGAACUGCAGCGAGGCGAUCGACACCUGGAGACGACAGUCGCCUUGUGCGAAAUCCGCACACAGCUGCAGGAGCUGACCAAGUCCGUGGAGAGUUGUCAGAGCGAAGUAUCGGAGGUCAAACGUGACAUGGUGGCCAUUAAGCAUGAGCUGGACACAGUGCAGCAGGUGAAGGAGGAAAUUGAGGAGCUGCGCGAAUAUGUCGACAGACUGGAGGAGCACACACACAGACGGAAGCUAAGACUUUUAGAACAAGGCUUGACCUUCUUUCUGACCUACUCCAUAUUCUCGGCGGUGCUGGGCAUGCUGCAAUUUGGCUACAACACCGGAGUCAUCAACGCGCCCGAGAAGAACAUUGAGAACUUUAUGAAGGAUGUGUACAAGGAUCGCUAUGGCGAGGACAUUAGCGAAGAGUUCAUCCAGCAGCUCUACUCGGUGGCAGUCUCCAUAUUUGCCAUUGGCGGCAUGCUCGGCGGUUUCAGCGGUGGCUGGAUGGCCAAUCGCUUUGGCAGAAAGGGCGGUCUGCUGUUGAACAAUGUGCUUGGCAUUUCAGGCGCUUGCUUAAUGGGUUUUACCAAAGUUAGUCAUUCCUAUGAAAUGUUAUUCCUUGGCCGAUUUAUAAUUGGUGUUAAUUGCGGUCUCAAUACAUCAUUGGUGCCAAUGUAUAUCUCUGAGAUAGCGCCACUGAAUCUACGCGGUGGCUUAGGUACUGUUAAUCAAUUGGCUGUGACUGUAGGCUUACUCUUAUCCCAAGUGCUGGGUAUCGAACAAAUCUUAGGCACCAACGAUGGCUGGCCCAUCCUGCUGGGUCUGGCCAUUUGUCCAGCAAUACUGCAAUUAAUUUUACUGCCAGUAUGCCCCGAAUCGCCCAGAUAUUUGCUUAUUACCAAACAAUGGGAGGAGGAGGCGCGCAGAGCUCUGCGUCGCUUGCGCGCCUCCGGUUCGGUGGACGAGGAUAUUGAGGAAAUGCGCGCCGAGGAGCGUGCCCAACAGGCUGAGAGCCAUAUAUCGACUAUGGAGCUCAUAUGUUCAUCCACGCUGCGUCCACCGCUGAUCAUUGGCAUUGUGAUGCAGCUGAGUCAACAAUUUAGCGGCAUCAACGCCGUCUUCUACUACUCCACAUCGCUUUUCAUGAGCUCCGGACUGACUGAGGAGAGCGCCAAGUUUGCCACGAUAGGCAUUGGGGCCAUAAUGGUUGUUAUGACUUUGGUAUCGAUACCUUUGAUGGAUCGCACUGGUCGCCGCACGCUGCAUUUGUACGGACUGGGCGGCAUGUUUAUCUUCUCCAUAUUCAUAACAAUUUCAUUCUUGAUCAAGGAGUUUUUUGGUUAUGUACAGGAAAUGAUCGACUGGAUGUCAUAUCUAUCGGUGGUCGCCACCCUUGGCUUUGUGGUGUUCUUCGCCGUCGGACCGGGCUCUAUACCCUGGAUGAUAACCGCGGAGUUGUUCUCCCAGGGACCGCGACCCAGUGCCAUGGCCAUUGCAGUGCUGGUCAAUUGGAUGGCCAAUUUUGUGGUUGGCAUUGGUUUCCCCAGCAUGAAGACUGCUUUGGACAAUUACACGUUCUUGCCAUUUAGCGUGUUCUUAGCUAUAUUUUGGAUAUUCACAUAUAAGAAGGUUCCUGAGACCAAAAACAAAACCUUUGAGGAAAUCUUGGCGCUCUUCCGUCACAACAACGGCAGGAGUAUGCUAAACUGCACAAAUAGCUUGGAGCCACAAAGUAUGAAUUCUGGCAUCGAGCAUGCCGCAUUGAUGGUAUCUGAGGAGAAGACCCAACAUGACUCACUAUUUGGUACGACUUCGUUCUCGUUAACGGUUGAAGGUAUGGGUCCAUAUCCGUUAAGCGAUAGCACCAAUCUCUUGGGUCCAACGUCAGCAACCUAUUCAAGAGUGGGAGCCGGCGUGGCCGGCUCCUCGUCUUGCUAUACUAACUACGGUACAAAUAUGCAAACGCCAGUUCCUAACCGUAAAUGCUACUACGAUGAGUCUGACUAUGGCCGUGAUGACAACUUUCGCAGGCACUCGGCGCACGGCAGAAUGUCAUAUUCGCCAUACUUUGGGCGCAAGUAUGUGGUGGUCUCCAAGCAGCAGCAGCAGCCGCAGCAGCAGCCGCAACGCUCGCAGAGCCUGGACCAGGAUUAGCUCUCUAUGGCGACGGCAGGACACAAACAAUCGUUUGCAUUUUAGCGCACGUGUUUCGACAAGCAAUAACUUUAAAAUAACAUUGUUCAUUCAUUAAAUCAGCCAGUCGCAUAUAGUACAUACAUAAAUAUGAUUAAUGCAAAAUUACUUAAUAACUUAAAUUUGUACACUGCCAAAAAACGAAAAAUACAAUAUAAUAUUUGAAAUUGAAAUAUUUAUUUGUAAUUGGUAAGCCAAAUUGUUAGGGACACAACACACACACACUAAAGCGUUUCACAUGCGACAUGCCAUGCUACAAAAUGAAGCAACAGCAGCAGCAGCAGCAGCAUAAGCUGCAGCACAACAAGAACUACCACAACAACGACUAUUUUA